AUGAAGCAAGAUGCCAGCCAUGUCGAGAACGUCAAUGUUGACGACCUCGAGGCUGUUCAUGUUACAAAGUCCAAAGUCACUGUCAGCGGGACGGUGAAGCUCACCGAGGGAAAGAUUGUGUACAUUCCCAUGCCUACAGCCGAUCCUCGAGAUCCUCUGAACAUGAAGAUGUGGCAAAAGGCCAUGGUUCUCGUAACCAUCUCCCUCUUCUCGACAAUCGGUCUAGCCCUCGUCUCUGGAUUCGGAGGGCUUCUGGGCUUCUACAUCCCCGGCUACGCGGCCGUUGGGAAGGGCUACGAUGAUAUCACGCACUUGAUGACAUAUCCGACCUUGUUCAUGGGCAUCGGAAACCUCAUCGGAAUGCCUCUCGGUAUCGCCGUCGGCCGUCGAAUCGUCCUCCUCGGAGCUACAGUCAUCAUGGUAGCCAGCGCUGGCUUGUGUGCUGGGGCGAAAACAUACGAAUGGCAUCUUGGUGGACGCAUCGUUCUUGGCCUGGCUGCUGGUCAGAGCGAAGCUCUCGUGCCCAUGAUCACCCAGUCGAUCCAAACAAUCGCCACAGCCGUUUUCGUCCUUUUUGCCGGCCCAAUCGCCGGUGCCAUCACCCCUGAGUGGUGGUACGGGCUCGGCGCCUGUCUUUCUGGGCUCUGCUUUAUCAUGGCCGUCUUCUUCGUUCCCGAGACAAAGUAUGACCGCCCCUCUUCAUCUUUCCAGGAGACUGAGAGUGACGACGCCGCAACCUCGGAGGAUGGCAAGACUUUGACUGUUUGUACGGACCGUCCAGAGCUUGACUUUGUCAACUUUGAGCCACGGACCUGGAAAUCCGAUCUGAGACUCUGGAUUGGAAAGCCAGAGUGGAAUAAGCUGACCGAGAUCUUUGUGCAAACCUUUGGACUCCUCCUCUUCCCCAACGUCCUUUGGGCUCUAUGCCUUAACGGUCUCACUAUUGGAGUCAACAUUGCUAUCGGCACGACCUACGGAAACAUUGUGACGAGCCCUCCUUACAACUGGCCUCAGACCUCUGUGAGCUACGUCAACGCCGGCCAGAUCGUCACAUCUCUGGUUGCUUUGCCUCUACUUGGUCACGGCUCUGAUAAGCUCAUCACCUACUUUGCCAAGAAGCGUGGAGGCAUUCAUGAGCCUGAGAUCCGCAUUAUCCCGCUCAUUUUGCCUAUCAUUGUUGGUAUCUUUACCGCUGUGCUGUAUGGGCUUGGGGCCGCCCAUCCAACUAAGUAUCACUGGUUCGUCUACGUCUGGGCAGUAGCUGCGUACUACUUCACCUUUGUUGGAGCAAACAUCGUCGCCAUCACCUACCUCUUGGACAGCUACCCCCAGCGAGCUGGUCCACUUCUCGUCAUCAUCUGUGCGUUCCGAGGCAUUAUCUCCUUUGGAGUCAGCUACGGUAUUAGCCCAUUCAUUGAGAAGAAUGGCUACGAUGGGGCGUUUGGAACCUUUGGAGGUCUGACCGGUGCGCUUGGUCUUCUUGGCAUUCCCAUUUACAUCUGGGGCAAGCAAAUUCGCAGGAUCACCGGGAAGUACUGCAUGGAUAAGGAGAAGGGUGAGUGA